CGCUCCCGGCGCUCGCAGGGGAAGGACUGUCCGCGAGAGAACUGCGCGCGAGCGAGAGCCGAGGUCGCCCCUCGAGGCGAGGAGUGUGAGUGCUUUCGUGUGCGUGCGCAAGAGAGAGGGGGAGCGAGGCGGCAAGCAGGAGGAAGACGAGGACGGAGAGGAACGGGCGCGAGGAUGAGCCUCGGCCAGCAGGCGGUCCGGGGGGCGACUCGCCCCCGAUGAGGUGUCACCUCCCCCCCGCGCACCCGCCCGUGAAGCCGAAGAGAGGGGAGAUCGAUCCUCGGCGGAGGUUCUCCCUUUUUCCACCCCGGUCGCCCUCUCUCCUCCCCCCCUCGCCGACUCGCGGAUUUGGCGGCGAAAACGAGCGCCGAGUGCCACUCGGCCGUCGAGGAUGGAUUUUCGGGCGCCGCACCCCCUGGUGCACCCCUCCCACGCCGGACACCCCUAUUACUAUCCAGGUCUCCAGCCAGCCAGUACCAAAGCGCAGCCGAGCUCGAUCGGCAAGUCUCACAGACCCAGUACCGGCGUUUUACCCCAGGGCCAUACCCCGGGACCGGGUCCUGGAGGCCAGCAGAACAGCAGAAGCUUCGCAGCAGCCCUGAGGAACCUGGCCAAACAGGCGGGACCGGCUCCUCAGGAAGAGGAGCCCCGCGCCAGUCCGAAAACCAGGGCGCCCCCACCUCUGGUCAGAGGACCCUCCCCAGCUAAGGAGAGAUCGACGCACGAGAGACGGCCCGAGGAGAUCCCGUCCUUGUACACGACUGCUAGACCGACCGAGAGCAGCAAACACAGCGUCACGGCGGCGGCGUCCGAGUUGUUGGCUCGUUCGGGGUUCCAACCUUACCGGCCCGAGCACCAUCCUGCCCACGCACCUCCAGCCUUCGCCCUGGACCCAGCGGCCUACAGUCCUUACCAUCAUGGUCUCUACCCACCGCCACACCUGCAGCACGCUUAUAGGUUAGAGGAACAGUUGUACUUGGAGAGGUGUGGAAUGCUGAGACCGCCUUUGUUCCCUGGAUUGCCCUCGUACCCUCUGUACGGCUUGCGAUACAGCCCGGACAUGCUGCCGCCAGCUUCGCUGGGCCUGAUGCCGCCCGUCAUGCACGAGAGGCUUAAAUUGGAGGAGGAGCACCGUCUUCGGCAAGCGCGCGAGCAGGCCGCCAUGCGCGAGGAGGAGGAGAGGAGAAGAGCCGCCAGGAGCUCCGCGUCCGCAGCUCCGGUCGGCGCACCUGCACCUGCAUCGGCCGAUACUGCAGCUAGGAAGCCGACCAUAGCGGCUCAGAUGCACAGCGACCGGGAGCGAGACCGCGAGCGAGAACGAGCCAGCAGUACCGGGAACGGGAGCAACACCAGUGUCAGCAACAGCGGGCCGAGCAUCAGCGGCGGAGGGACGAGCGCGAAGGAGUCCGCCAGCGGAGUCAGCAGCAGCAGCAACGGUCCAGCAACGCCGAGUCACGGGCAUCAGCAGCGGAAGGACGAGCAGUCCGGGUCGGGGCCAGUCCCGGGGUCAGGGGACCAGUCGGGACCCAUGUACCACCCCAGACUGGGCCCCUUCCCCGGGGCGGCGCCGCCGAUGGGGCCUCCACUGGGGUCAGGGCCCAUCUGCGCGGUCAGCUCCUCCGCGAUGCCUCCUCCACCGCUCGGCUCAGGCCUGUCGCCCCUGAGUCUCGGCCCCCCACCACCGACCAUUAGCAGCGCCCCUAUUGGCCCGCCGCCCAUCCCCUCCAUCUCCUCCAUCCCCUCCCUAGCGGCCGGCGUAAUAGGCCCGCCCCCUCCCUCGGCCCUCGGCAUGCCGCUCGCCCCUAUCAUCUCCAUCCCCUCCCUCCAUCUGCCCCCCGUCCCCUCGAGCACCAUACAUUCUAGUCAGCAUUCUACCACCUCCAUGAUUUCCACGUCGGCCGCCUCCACGGCCGCCACCGCGGUGACCACGGUGUACCAGCACCAGAGAAUCGCCCCCACAACCAGCGGCUCGACCCACCCCGCCGGCGGUUCCAGUAUGGCCAACCUGAUGCCCAACCAUGGAACCACCCAUGGGUCCAACUUGAUGACCAACAGCGCCAGUGGGACCGCCACCCGGAAGUCGCCGCCCAUCUUGCACGGACAUGGGAGAGGGAAGGAGUCCGGGACCACCACGACCUUGAGUGCAUCCGCGGGCGGCUCCAAUGGGACCAUGGUCGGGACCACCGCGGGGGGCGGCGUGACCACGACCAGCAGUGUUGGCACCACUGGCGUCGCCCAGCCGGCCUUCGUCAGGCCCUUCGAGGACUCCUUUAGAAGCAGCGCGAAGCCCCAGCAGAGGCCGGUCCUGAAAAACCAUGGCUCCAGCUUGCAAGCGCAGAUGAGUCACCAAGAGUCUACAAAGACCUCCACCUCUUCGCCGGCCGGAGCUCAGCAGACCGGUCAGACCUUGGAGAGCGAUGGUCCCGGCAAGACGGCAGCUGUCCAGCAACCCGGGCAGGGUUUAAACUACCAGGCGUAUCACCAUCCGCAUAUUCCAGUCUCUCAUAUGCCGGGUCUGUACAAACCCCAGCACUUCGGUUCCGCCGUUCAGCAUCCUCAGCAUCACCAGGCCAAAAUGAACGCUUCGCCCUCGAACGGCUCGUCCGGGACUUCUAAUGGGGGGAAGCAACACGAGUCGCUGGUCAGCUCCACUCAGACUAAUAUUAAUAAUAAUUGUAUCGUCGCAAGUGAUAAGAACCAGGGGAGUCAUUAUUACUCCGGAGGCCACUCGGUCUCGGGACCGGGGAAGCUCUUCAACUCAGGGCACAAGGCCGCUGGUCCCGAGGGCGUCCUCAGGGAUUGCGGUUCCAAGGCCGAGAAGGCCCUACAAGAGAACGCCAGGCACCAGGUCUUCGGCAAUUCCCAGAUGCAUCCCGAAAAGAUCAACCUGACCCACCAACCAUACCAGGAGUCCGCCAGGACGUCUCCGUUCCAACCUGCGGGUUUCUCCGUCGGUCAAGAGAAGGAGGGUAAGGUCGAGGUCGAGGCCAAGAGCAACCUGAGUAAUCUGAGCAAUCUUAGCAAUCUUAGCAGUCUCAGCAACGCGGAAGUCGCGCAGAAUAAUCUGAUGUCCGCGUUGUCAGCCUAUCAGCCGCCCAUCAAGUUCCCAGGAAACAACGAACCUGCAGCGGCCAAACACCUCGACGCCGCGCAGCUGAUGCAGAGCAUCAAGUCCGAGGAGGUGCUGCGCACCUGCCAGAACGUCUCCAACGUGCUCCUGCAGAUCCCGAAGUACCAGGAGAAGCUCCUCAACUUCUCCGGGGCCGAGGUCAAGAGUCCCAUCUGCUUCACCGACAAGUGCAAUAACCUGGCCGAGAUCCCGGUUAAAGUGGAGCUCCAGGUUCUGAACGUGCCCGACGUCAGCAAGGCCCUGGCCAGGCAGAGUCCUGUGGAGAGGUCCUUCCUGGUGCCCGAGAAACCAAAGGAACUCACGUCCAGCUUGGACCUCGCCGAGAGGCGCAGAAAACGCAGGCGGGAGAGGAACUCUGGGGUGGGCUGCAGCUCCGACUCCGAGGGCGACGAGGAGGCCAGGGACGUCGACCUUUGGAUCACCAAAGGCCCCCCCGCGAAGCUCCAGUACUCCGAGAAGAAACUCUCCUUCCUGGCCAUGUUCGGACUCACCACUCUCAGCGUCCGAAAUGAACUCGAGCUCCACAAGGUGGAGAAAAGGUACAGACUGAAUCCGGAACCUCCGGAGCCUCCUCUCGACUCUGAGCCUUCGGUGCAGAGCGUCCUCCCUAUCCCGAGGGAACACCCCGAUGUCCUCCUCCACGCGCCGGACUUUGCUCCAAAGGUCGGCUUCUUGAAGACCAUCGGUCUUGACGUCAUGCCACCUGGAAAGAGAGAUGAGGCCGAGAUCACCUGGCAAUACAUCCUGGCAGACCGGAAGAAGAGGAAGAGUACAAACUCCGUCACUGCCUACUGCGAGAGGAUCGCCAAGAUAUACUCGAAGAACCCUCCUCCUCAGCCCCGACCUCCCCAGAAGAUGAGGCUCCUGGACAGGGUCAAAGUGAAGCAUCUCCCGGAACGUCCUCCUCCGCUUCCUCCUCUGGUACCGACCGUGGUGUCGAGCUACUAUCCCAUGUUCCCCAUGCUGCCCAUGCCUGGGGAAAACGGAGUCAAGCAGGUCUGCAAGAUCAUCGACAUCUCCGAGGAUGUCGACGAGAUGGCCGAGAAGAAGGACCGACCCAAGUGGACCGGUCUGGAGGACAUCCUCGUGGCUUACAGGGAAUAUUCUAAAGAAAAAUCACUGGAGAGAAAGGUCUUGGCAGGUCAGACGUCGAAAUUGGCAGCGCAGUCGAACGCCCUUCGGUCGGAAGCGAUCCAGCUGGAGCGAAGGAGGUGCGAGUUGCUGUCGACGCGAGCCGCCCUCGACUCGGAGAGGCGGAUGCUGGCCGAGAAGAUCGAACGAAUCAAUGCCCUGGUCAGGACCCUGAGAUAGCGAUGCGCUCUGCACAACACGGAAACUCACUCAUCUGUGAUAUUAUCGACGGGUUGAAGGAGCCGUCGGUUGAUGGCGACACUGUCAGUUGCGUUUUCUUCCUCUCCUGACGGCGACUGUAUAAGUGAACCACUUAAUAUGGAGGCGCAGUUAGACCUAAGGCGUAAACGUGUAAGAGGCGUUAUACAUUGACCAAAAUGUACAGGAACCUCGUAUUAAGUUUCUCUUCCGGUGCUCUCGCGGGCGUCCCCGGUUUUUCUUGUUUCCAGGAUACGAUUUCUAGCGCCUGUGAACGCGAAACGGGGAGACCGAGGCCUUGCGACGAAGCUUCCCAAGGCUGUGCGAUUCACCCAAAAUUAUAGUCCCGUGUCCUUGAGCGAUGCCGAUGCCCGGAGACUUCCUCAGGGUGUUGGAGUAGCGACUUCUUAACUCGGGGGCGAGUUUGGGCGAGGCUCCCCGAGGAAGCACCCGAGAUUACCGACUUCUCUCCGAUGAGAUUCUCCUGGAGAACGCGGUUUCGUAUUUAGAUACCAUGUCUUCAUGGUAGCGGAUCAAUUAUUUAAUCCAUCGUUACCUCAUACUGCGCAAUCCGUGUCUUUUACAUAUGGCGGCCACGCGUCUCGAGGGUCCAAGGGGUGAACCGGACCCCUGAGAGAGACACCCAAGGAUCUGCACAGCUGCACCUGUAAUUCGUAAUUCCGGUUAUUAUUUCCCUUAGGGAAUUGCGAGUCACGCCCACGUACUUAAUUGGACAUGUCCGAAAUUCGAGGUUUCAAGUCUACCGAAAGUACAACUCCGCGACGCCAUCUUGUCGUGGACCCUCUUCACGGCAUUGCACGUAUACCUAUGUUUUACUUUUUAUUUAUAAUCGUGUAAUUAUACUAAGUAACUGUAGGAGGCUUAUUUACCGUUCGUCACAUCGCACAGCCUUCAAAGCUGCUCUCAAAGUGCCGCAGUCAUGUUCGAGUCUAUUAGGGCGCGUUAUAACGUAUGUUCCGAAGAGAUGUUACCCAGUCGUCGACGGCUAGUCGGUGACUAUCCUAGCAUAUAAUAUUGUAAUAAAGAAUCAUAUCAGUACCGCGCGCGCGUAUGUAUGUAUAAAGAUGUAAACGCGCGAGGCGAGAAUUGUAUAAAGCACUCAUUCUCUUUUUCCUAAAGAAAAGAUGAAAAGAUGGAAGAAAAGGACCCGCCGCUCCUUCCUCGGGAGUGGAAGGGCGGUAACGCGAGCAUUUUUUCGUACUUUCCUCGACUUAAGCCUACACCGACGGCUCUUAGGACCCAGAGUAUAAAAGAGUAACUGCAAUUUGUAUCAUAAUAUUUUAAACGAGAAAUAGAAAGAACCACCGUCUAACUUA